AUAUUCCUGACGGUGUUUUUGUUUGUUUGUUUUGCUCUCAGGUAUCACCUGGCAACAGGAAGUGGUGAUAACACCUGUAAGGUUUGGGAGCUGAGGAACAGAAAGUGUCUGUACACAGUCCCCGCCCACCAGAACCUGCUGUCUGCGGUCCGCUUCCAACCCACAGAAGGUCACUUCCUGUUGACCGGAGCGUAUGACAACACGGCGAAGGUCUGGAGUCACCCGGGCUGGACCCCGCUGAAGACGCUGGCGGGACACGAGGGGAAGGUGAUGGGCGUCGACGUGUCGCCUGACGGGAAGCUGAUCGCCACCAGCUCCUACGACCGAACCUUCAAACUGUGGCUGUCAGAGUGAUGCGUUGAUGAUGUCAUGACAGCAGAAACGUGAUUUUUUUUUAAUGAUGAAAAGAGUUUUUUGUGAAAUAAAAGUGACAGUUGAGCCCAGA